UGCUUUAGAUUUCUUUUUCUUUUGUGAAACAUUGUGUCAAUUAUAUGCAUAUAUAAACGUAUAUAAUAUGAAAUGUCAUCUAUCAUAAAUUCUUCUAGCGUAUUCAACAUUUCCAAAGAUAACAUAAGUAAUACAUUAUGCAAUCUAAUCACAAAAUCUACUGAUUCGAAAUUAAUCAGUGAUAUUAUUACCGUAUUGUUAGUUCUCAUAAAUCUAGUCACAUUUAUUGGUAAUUUAUUAGUCAUUCUGUCUGUGGCUACAGUGAACAAACUAAGAAAGAUUUCAGACCAGUAUAUAGCUUCACUUGCAUUAGCCGAUUUACUUGUUUCCCUUUUUGUCCUACCAUUUGCAGUGAUACGUCAAAAUCUUGGUUACUGGCCAUUCAAAUCAAUCUAUUUAUGUCAGUUUUAUAUAUCUGCUGAUAUAUUUACAUGCUUAGCUUCUAUUCUGAAUUUAUGCUGUAUAUCAGUUGACCGAUAUGUAGCUAUCAGUCGUCCACUGAAGUAUAUCACACGACGAAGUCGUCGUAACUCAUUUCUUAUGAUAGCAAUAGCCUGGAUUAUGCCAAUUAUUGUUAUACUGCCGCCUUUAAUUGGACCAGAUAAACAUAUAGUUGGUAUUGGUUGUUGUUAUAUAACUUUUAACAAGGGAUAUAGAAUUUACUCAUCUUUGUUAGGAUAUUUUUUCCCUUUAACAGUGAUUGCAUAUGUUCAUUUAAGGAUAUUUUAUAUAAUUAAAGCAAGAUCAAAAACACUUCAACAAUAUAAACGUAAUCCAAGAAAUCAAGAUUGUUGUCAGUGGUUAUGGGAAUUUUGUUUAGAAAAAUGUCUUCACUACUCUAAUGUUAAACAGUGCGCUGAUCAUCUAAAACCAAGUAUAUUAUUAGGUAAAAUCAGAAAAAAAGAUGUAAAAUCUGACAGUUCUAGACCUACUACUGAUGAUAUCGAUAGUUAUAAUCGAAGUGUCACAAACGUCCAAUCAUCUACACUUAGUUAUACAUGCAAAUCUAGUGAACAAGAUCAUCAAACAAAUGAAAUGCACUCGAAUUCCCUGAAUAAAACAUUCAGUAUCUGUUCACUUGUAGAAAUGAAAAUUUACAGUCCAGAGCCAGUUGAUGCUAAUUUAAAACUUUUACAUACAUUUCAAGUACCUACUUCACAAUAUGAAAUACAUACUCAACCAGAAAACAUUGAUACAGAAAAUCAUAGUAGAAAAAAAUCGAAUUUUGAGGCAAUCAAUCUUGGAGUUAUAAAAUCCGGUGAGCGUAUUAAACAUUUGACUGAUGAACAACACAAUGAUUGUAAUUCAAAACCUCAAGUCGCUAAUAUUUCAAAACAUUCUUCACUAACUAUAAAUAGUAAGGUUGACAAAAAGAAAGGGAAACAAAGCAGAGUGAGAUUCUAUCGUUAUCAAGAAAAGUCUAUAUUUAACAGAGAGAAAAAGAGUGUAAGAAUUGUUACAAUAGUGGUGGGAUGUUUUUUUCUAUGCUGGACGCCUUUCUUCUCUUUCUAUCUCGGUGAGGCAUUAUGCGAUUGUACAUUUUCUGAGGAAUUGUAUGCUGUAGUUACAUGGAUCGGAUACUUAAACAGUAUAUUCAAUCCUUUUAUAUAUGCUUUUUAUAAUAAGGAAUACGCCAACGCUUUUGUACAGAUUAUACAUUUGAAGUGUUAAGCUAAACACCAUGUUCUUCAUAAAGACGACAAGUCAUCAGAUCAUUAUAAGUGUUAGUUUCAAGAAAUUAUUCUUUCAGAG